AUGCACAAGAAGGCUGCAAAGAGGAAGGAAAGAGAAGCAAACUCACCUGUAGCAGCCCGGGAAGAACCACCCACCGGCCUCCUUCUUCGCAAGCGGUACCUGCUGCUCAGGCGGGUGUCGCCGCCUCCGCCUCCGCGCCGCUCGGCCUCCCGUCAGAAAGGCGACAUCUCUCUCCCUCUGUCGCACCCGCUGCAGCGGUUGGGGAAGGCCGAACUUGCCUUCCAGAUCCACAGAACGUCCGUCCCGUUCACGUGGCUCAGAGUUAAAUCUCCUUUUGCCCCUCACCCGCGUCCUCAAAACGGCUGCCAUGUUCUCCUGCUGAGACCGAUAAACAGGUGUCAGAGCACGGCAGCUGCUGCUGCUGCUGGCACACAGGUUCUUCAGCCUGUAUCCUCCCCGCCACUAGAGGGUGCGCUCUCUGCAGGGGACCUUGCCCAGGCUGUCCAAGAGCAGAGUUUUGCAGAGCUGGGCCUGGGGUCCCACACUCCGGUGGGUCUGAUCCAGAACUUUUUGGAGUCCCUCCAUGUGGAUAUAGGGCUGCCGUGGUGGGGAGCCAUCGUGACAGGGACGCUUGUGGCCCGUUGCUUGGUUUUCCCGCUCAUCGUGAAGGGCCAGCGGGAGGCAGUGAAGCUCAACAACCACAUGCCGCAGAUUUCAGAGCUGACCGCCCGCAUGAACGAGGCCAAGAACUCGGGGAACAAAUUUGAGUUUGCCAAAGCUUAUACAGACCUGAACCUCUACCAGAAAACCCACGAUGUCAACCCGCUACGAGGGUUUCUCGUGCCCUUGGUCCAAGCACCCAUUUUCAUCUCGUUCUUCAUUGCCCUGCGCAAAAUGGCGGAGCUCCCUGUGCCCAGCCUUCAAACUGGGGGUCUGUGGUGGUUCUCGGAUCUCACGGCUGCCGAUCCCUACUAUGUCUUGCCCCUGACGGUGACUGUCACCAUGUGGGCCAUCUUGGAGCUAGGAGCAGAAUCCGGAGUGGCGAACCCGAACCUCCACAUUAUGAAAACAAUUUUCCGGGUGAUGCCACUUGCUAUCCUGCCUCUCACAAUCUCCUUCCCGACGGUCAUUUUCACCUACUGGCUGACAUCCAACCUCUUCUCGCUGGUGCAAGUGGCCUUUCUGCGGUUGCCUGCAGUUCGCACCCGACUUGGCAUCCCCGACCGGGUGCAGCACGACCCCAGCGUCCUGCCUGCUCAGGGAGGCUUCAUAAAGAGCUUCAAGAAAGGCUGGAAAAAUGCACAGGUGGCUCAGCAGAUGGAAGAGAGGGAGCAGCGCAUCAAAAACCACCUGAAUUUGGCAGCUAAGGCCACUCCCAGAUGGGAAACUGUAUCGAACCAACAAUAAAGAAACCAGCCUUCAGCAAGAAGAGACAAUCCUCACCGGCCUGGUCAUAGGGGUCAGUACAAGUGAAGUUU